AUGACCAUCACUUUCUCCUACCCCCGCGAGUUUGACGCUUUGUCCCUCGAUCCUCCGCAUUUCCGCUCGUCGCUUCUUGCAUGGGACGCCGACGGAACGCGGAUUGCGUGCGCCCGCACCGACAAGUCGAUCAAAGUCGCCAGAUUCGACCCCAUCAGACAGAAGUUCGACGACUCUGUCGUGAUCACAGCAGCCCACGAGUCCCCCGUGGCUGUCCUCAUAUGGGACCCCCGCACGAACGCGCGUCUGACCUCCAUCUCGACAGAUUCCACCUUCAAAGUGUGGGAAAUCAAAACAAAAGCCCACAAACUGGUAAGGUCCUUCAAACUCCCCAACACUGCCCCCACGCUCGCCAAAUACUCCCUAGACGGCAGAUACCUUGCCAUUGCAGACAAAGAAGCCACCCUGCUACUACUGGACUCGUCCACUCUGCAACUGAACACUGCGAUUUCCCUAAAGAUGAGCUCCCGGAUCGGCGACAUAGACUGGCACACAGACUCCAAAACUCUCCUUUGCGGACUCGCAGACGGCUCCCUGCAGCUUUACCGGGUCCGGAACAAUAACGGCCUCCACGCAAUCGAACUUAUCCAGUCGCUGCAUCUUGCAGACUCCCCAAUUGUCUCUAUAAAAUACAUAGCGGACCGCAACCAGAUCCUGGCUGCGGCCCUGGAUGGCCAGCUGCCCGUGGUCGACGCACAGCUCCUCAUCUGCACAAAAAGCCUCUACAAUCUCGACGACGCACCCGUCUGCAUCGACAUCCUUACACCGGCUGUCGCGAUAGGCUACCAAAACAACAACGCUCGUAUAUUCGAUAUGGACAGCGAGGAGGAGGUGCACGAGGUGAAGAACAGCAAAGGCGACGGCGCGCUCGCCAGGUUCCACCCGCAAUCCCGCGAGGUUCUGGCCUAUAUUGACGGUUCCGGCAAAGCUACCGUGAUGGUGGCCAAGAAGAGAACGGGGCCUGCCCGUGCCCAGCCGCGGCCUGUGUCGUCAAGAGGCAGGGGUCCUGGUCUAUCAGGGUCGUCAGGUCCGUCCAGAACGGUCCGCUCCGACAGGUUCGAGCGGCCCAACGCCAAGCGUCCGAAAUAUUAG